ACACACAGUGACAGUUGCUUGCGUCUGUUCGCCUCGUUUUGCGUACUGUUUUUGUUCUUUCGCAAAAUACAACGUUGUACAGUUGUGUUCUUUACGCCUCACAUUGCAGGAUUCUACCGACGUUCCAAGGGCUAGGAAAUUGUGACAACACGGACGGGUCCGUUUUCUUGGCGGCGGCAUCGGUACGCGGUGAAGCAAGUGAGUGCUGCAAGCCUAGGGGCUCCGUUCAGCUGGUUCCCUACGUUUCGGUGCUAAAGUGCUCUAAGUUUUGCGAGAAAGCCAGCCAGCCAACCAGCCAGCCGAUGUUGCGAUAAACGCUCGAUGGACCGUCCCGAGAGCUGCAGAGCGAUGCGUGCGUGUGCUAAUCGACUUCAGCAGAACGAGAUGCCUUUAUAUCCUGCUGCCGCACUAGAUGUUUGAACGGCGUUGUGCAACAAGAGAGUUUAGUUUUCCGUGCGUCAAGCGGCUAGUUAGUUGGCCGUGAUUAUUUCUCACGGCAACAAGAAGGGCACCGAGGGGGGAGGGCAAGAAAGUGCGUUUUCUUCUGGUAUCGUCCAGUACGUGUGUGGUGAGUGUGUGUUUGUGUGGUGAAAAUUGGUUGGUGGUGUGGAAAGUGUGGAAAGAAAAUCGCAUCGACACUGGGACGGUGCUAAUCCAUCGUCCUCGAUACAUCACCGUGCGCGGUAGGCAUCCGCGGCAUCAUCUUGCAGAAACACAAGCGUGUCUAGCAACAACGGCGGAUCCGCUACAACCAAGUAGCCAUCGUCCAGCUCCAGCACACAACAACCACACAGGGACGUUUCAGGUUGCUGCUGCCUUGUUUGUUGGCCGAGGCACCUUCACCAGUGCGGCACGGCCGCAUUUUCAGAUAAACCACACACCUUGUUGUUUGUUUACACAGAAGAUUCCAAAACCCUACCGAGAAGCUCCCCGGUAUCCAGGCAGUCGCGCAUGGAUGGAGACAAGAGCUACGAUCACGUGAAGGCGUUGGUGAGCAGCAUUCACGGAUCGUUCACCGAUGCCUCACUGCUGGAUCGCACCAAUAAUAACAGCCCGUCGGGGUUGCGAACGGCAGCGUCCACACCGUCCCGUUCACCAUCACCCACGCCGGACGUGCUCCGGACGACUACCGAGGAUGACUCGCAAACCCCAACCGCCUCCACCUUCCCAGCCGAUGGUCAGGAACGGGCAGCGGCCGAUGGUGCCGCCGCACCGGCCCCAACCGGAUCGUCGGAAGUGCCCAGCGUACUGCCGAUCGCUGGCAGCACCACCGUGCCCGGUAACAGCCACAGCACGCCGACGAGACUGCUGCAGCACCGGCUGCGCAUACCGUCGCUGGUCGUAACAAGCUCGCUUUCGCCUUACCAUCCGGGCAGUCUGCUCGCCGCCAGCGCUGACCCUGACCAUACGACGCCCAGGCGGUUCAGUUUUGCGAUCAUGAGACGCCACUCCAAUACGGCACUGAAUCGGUGCGAUUCGAUGGGAUCGUUGGGCCACCGUUCGCUCCUACAGUACCUGGAAACGGAUGAUCUAGCUGGACUAAAAUCAUUCCUCGGCACCCGCCACCUACAGGUCGACGAUCGAGAUGAGAACAACACAACGGUGCUGAUGGUCGCUAGCGGCCGCGGUGCGUCCCAUUUCGUGAAGGAACUGCUGUCCCGGGGUGCCGAUGUGCAGGCACAGGAUCUGGACAACUGGACGGCGCUGCACUUUGCGGCGAAGGCCGGUCACGUCGGGAUCGUCGAGAUACUGCUGGACAAUGGGGCCGACCUGGAGCACCGGGAUAUGGGCGGGUGGACGGCGCUCAUGUGGGGCUCGUACAAGGGCCACACCAGCGUGGUGGCGCUACUGUUACAGCGUGGUGCCGACGUGCAGGCACACGGCAACUACCAUCUGAAUCCGCUGCUGUGGGCAUCCGGUCGGGGGCACACGGAAAUCGUGCGGCUACUGGUCAACACGGGCGGUGCGAAGGUGAAUGUAGGUGAUAAGUACGGAACUACGCCGCUGGUAUGGGCCUGCCGGAAAGGAAGCACGGAGAUAGUGGACGUCCUGCUUAAGGCGGGUGCCAACGUCGACACGGCUGGCAUGUACUCGUGGACCCCGCUACUCGUGGCGGUUAGUGGAGGCUUUCAGGAAUGCGUGUCCCUGCUGCUCGAACGCAAACCGAACGUGAAUGCGCUCGACAAGGACGGCAUGACGGCGCUAUCGAUCGCGUGCCGCGAAGGGCUAACCGAGAUAGCGUCCGCCCUAAUCGCAGCUGGCGCGUACCUGAACGUACAGGAUCGUGCCGGCGAUACGCCGCUAAUCAAUGCCGUCAAGGGAGGGCAUCGGAGCGUGGUGGAGAUACUGAUGAAGCGCCACGUGGACGUGGACAUACAGGGAAAGGAUAAGAAGACUGCGCUGUACACGGCCGUCGAGAAGGGUCAUACGGCUAUCGUGAAGCUGAUACUGCAGUCCAACCCGGACUUGGAGCUAUCUACCAAAGACGGUGAUACGGCACUGUUGCGCGCGGUGCGCAACCGCAACCUGGAGAUCGUGCAGAUGUUGCUGGAGCGGAAGGCGAAGGUGGGAGCGACCGAUAAGCGAGGCGAUACCUGUCUGCACGUGGCGAUGCGUGCCCGUUCGAAAGCGAUCGUGGAAGCACUGCUGAGCAACCCGAAGUACGGGCAGCUGCUGUACCGUUCGAACAAGGAAGGUGAAACACCGUACGCCAUUGAUGCUACGCAUCAGAAAACGAUCCUGGGACAGGUUUUCGGCAACCGGAGGCUGAAUGCGAACGAAGACUCGGAGGGAAUGCUAGGGUACGGGCUGUACUCGUCGGCAUUGGCAGACGUGCUGAGUGAACCGACGCUUACCACCCCCAUUACGGUGGGGCUGUACGCAAAAUGGGGCAGCGGCAAGAGCUUCCUGCUGACGACGCUGCGCGACGAGAUGAAGAACUUUGCCCACUCGUGGUCGGAAAAGCCGGUCGACUCGUCGUGGCUGUUCUUUCUGAUCAGUCUGCAUCUGGUGCUGGUGAUCGGCACUGUGGUGGGGUUGGCCACGUGGAGCUACGUGUGGGGCAUCGUUACCGGUGCCAUCCUGCUGGUGCUCAUCUACUUUACGGACAAUCUGUUCAAGUUCCUCGAUCGGCGGUACGAUCUCGAAUGGUUGUACUCGCUUAACUAUGGGCUGUCGCGCAAGCUCGGCCGCCUGCGGUUGAUACUGCAGGUCGCCUUCUGCCAUCCGCCCGGUCCGCAGAGUGAUCAGCAACCGAUGCCGGUACGGUUUCACUUUGCCGAGGCGAGCGGUGCUGCACCGAAUGGUGAUGCGGCGGUGGCGCUUAUGCUGGCCUCACUGUUCGAUGCGAUAGAGUCACACUAUGGGUCGCUGGCGACCGGGCUUUAUCGUGCCUUUCGACCGAAACCCUUAAAAGCUUCCGGUGGCUGGAAAUGGCGCAAAAUGUGCUGCAUGCCGGUGGUGCUAAUGUUUGAACUGGGCACGCUCGGCAUCCUGGCGACCGCAUCCCUUUCGAUCGUGUAUUCCGAGUACGGGGUGGAGGGCCGGGAAGAGAUAGCGGUUGCCAUCUACAUCCUGCUCGGCAUACUGCUAGCCGGUGCUAUCGCUAACCUGCACGCCUGGUCAAAGUUGAUUGGUGCCUUGUUUAUGUCGCAGGGCAAACACCUUAAGCGUGCCUUCAACGGCAACGAAGCGGCCCCACUGACCGCGCUCGGUGCCGAGGUAAGCCUGAUGACGGAUAUGGUGCGCUGUCUGGAUGCUUUCACCGGCCAGCAAAGCCGGCUGGUCGGGGUGGUCGAUGCACUCGAUUCGUGUGAUACCGAGCGGACGCUUACCAUUCUGAACGCUGUCCAGACGCUGCUGUCUGCACCGCAGCGUCCGUUCGUACUGCUGCUAGCGGUCGAUCCGCACGUCAUUGCCAAAGCGGCCGAAGCCAACAGCCGACGAUUGUUUACCGAGGGUGGUAUAGGCGGGCACGAUUUCCUCCGCAAUCUGGUGCAUCUGCCGGUGUACCUGCAGAACUCGGGACUGCGGAAGGUGCAGCGGGCCCAGAACACGGCCCUGUCGGCUUACCGGCGUGCCGUGCCGGAUCUGAGCCGGGAUGAUGAUCAGCCGCAUUUGGGACAUUCGGCGUCGGCAAGGCGACUGUCGAACGCGUCGGAAAUUAUGUCAUCGCAGGAGAAGCUACGUGCGAUGCCGAGUUCGUCGCGUGGUGGAAGCAAGAAGCUGCGCGUGUCCGAUUCGAUCGCCAGCUCGAUCGGUUCGAAUCUACACAAGCUGGGCCAGAAUCCGCCGGUAGAUCUGUCGAAAAUCAUUCUCACCGAUGAUUACUUUAGCGAUGUGAAUCCGAGAAGCAUGAGGAGACUGAUGAACGUCAUCUAUAUCACUGUCCGGUUGCUGAAAGCGUUUCAGAUAGAUUUUAGCUGGUAUCGGUUAAGCUCGUGGAUCAAUCUCACGGAACAGUGGCCCCUGCGAGCUAGCAUGAUCGUGCUGGAACACGACCAAGCCGGGGACAGUUUUGAUGACUCGGUCUCACUGCAAGCUGUGUACGAUAAAGUGCGUCCCAAGCUGACGUGUCUGCGGGAAGCGGCCGCCCUGCUCGACCUAGACCGUGACGAACGCAAGCUGGACGCGUUCCUGCAGCUACACAAAUCCGAUCUGCUCGUGUCCGAUCUGCGAAUCUUUCUACCGUUCACCAUCAACCUCGAUCCGUACCUUCGGAAGGUGCUUAAGGAGGACCAGCAAGCGCUGGAAGACGAAGGCAUCAUCAUCCCCAUGAAGACCGUGCUGCCACCGAGCAAACCGACCGGUUUCAUGCCCCAUCACCAUCGGGCCCAGGGUGGCGGCGUACUGCAACCGACCCCGCAACAUCCGAACAAUCUCACCAACUGGCCCAACUUCUACAACCCGCAACCGCAAGCGAUGGCACUGAUGAGCUAUUACAAUCAAAACUGGGCCAACUUCUUUAACUCCAGCUCCAAUGCGCUGCUGGCCGGUGAUCCGAUGAACAAGCAGAGCUCCUCAGCUGGCGGUGGGCCCAUCAUUACCGAGCAUCCAGUGCACGAUCAGCAUUCCACAUUGGCCGGCGCAGGUGGUGGUGGUGGUGGUCGAAGUAAGAGCACAAGCAGCGGCAGCAGCAGCAACAACAGCAACCACAAACCCUCCAACGGACUACCGACCUCUCCACCGAUCGAUAUCGACCUGUCGAACGUGCAGCUGUCCAGCCUAACGGUUGAGCAGCUGAUCGAUCUCCUAGGGCAGGUGAACGAUCUAAAACCGGCGAUGGACCGUACCGCUCCGAUUCUGCGCGAAAAUGCCAUUUCCGGCCGGGUGCUAAUGUACUGCAACCUGGAGGAGCUGAAAUCGGUGCUACACCUCAGCUUCGGCCACUGGGAAAUGUUCAAAAUGUUGGUAGCGGCACUGCGGGAAUCGAGCACGGCGCAACCACCGAGCCGGAAGCUGUCGAAAACCACCUCGUUCGCGAAGGGUACGAACGAACCGGUCGAGCUGCAGGAACCGAUUGCCCAAUCGACGCCACCGUUCGGUUCGUCCUCGAGCAGCUUCCAACCGAUACGGCAGAAGUCACAGAAUCUGCUGGAAAAACAGCCAGCAAAAGUGCAUGAUUACGAAUAUCUGCAGGUGACGCUCGAGGAGCAGAUGAUCUGCGGCGCGCUGCAAACGCUGAACGAGGACGCGUUCGAGGAUGUGGUCAGCAGCAGCGAACGGCCGAGCCCAACCGGUGAGAUGUUUAGCCAGUACCUGGCACCAAUACGGGAAAGCUCGGAAAUCGGUUCACCGCCUCGCCUCACUUACAACCUUACUAACCCAAACCUGACCGAUCUGGCCACCAGCAACGGUACGCUGAACGGGGACGACGGUGGUGGUGCCCAGCAUCUUGGCCCGACGCCACGGUCCGGCCGGCACAGUCGCUCCCACAGCUUGCAUGACGAUGCAUCGCUGACCAGCAUUGUGGUCAUCCCUCCCUUCCUUAACACGUCCCCCAGCACCACCGGCAACAUCAACGACACUAAGCUCUAAUGAUUCUUUUUUUUUUUUUUGCUGUUGUUGUGUACGGUGAAUCGAUUCCGGACCCCGAAGCAUUGCUGUUGUUGUUGUUGUGUGGUUGUUGUUGCUAUUGUUGAUGGUGAUGCUAUAGGGUGUUGUUUUUCUUCUGCCGUUUGGGUGUUGUUUGAUGUGCUUUCCAAAAGAAAAGAAAAAGAACUUACAUUCCCAUUGUACAACAACCCGUCCCUGUGUAACAUGUCUGCAAUCGGGAUAUGGUGCUAACGGGGCACUAAGCUUAAUUAAAAAAAAAACCAUUGGUACAAAAAACACUCCCACACUCACACUAAAAAGCAUUAGCAGUAAAAUAGGAAAACACUCACAAUUGGAAGCGUGAAAAAUUGCUAACCAAAAACAAAAAGCAACUAUGUUUCUCCCCCCACUGCACAUCUCUCAACAACUUACGCAAAAAACACUAUUCCAUACAACACCCGGCAGGGAAUCGCGCUUAAAACGGUUAGGAAAACGAGAAAGCGAACAAAAUGUAGGAAACAGAAUAGGAUAGUUUUGCUUUUGUCUUAAGUAAAGUGGGCUUCUUGUACGGACAGCGCCACCAACCGAGUUCUUCUACCAAAGUGAUACUAUCGAUUAGUGAGCGAGCGGGCCCGUCUGCGUUAGGGAACCAGGAGUACAGGAUGAAGUAUAAUGGCUAGGUAACAGGGAAAGCAAGUGCAUCUGCAAAAGUAACCAAAUUAGUAAAUUCUUUCAACCAAUCUUCCCACCCACAACCACAUUCCCGCGUUAUUGGUGGUGCUUUCUAAACCAGUUCUUCCCCGGAACACCGUGUACACAUCAGUACACAGGAUGCGGACGGCCAACACUACCACACCCAUCCCCAAUUUAGUGCGAUAAGAUAGAGAAAUUGCUUAACUAUAUUUAGACCAAAUGUAUGUUUAUAUUCAACCUCCCCCCGCGUUGCAAAGGAGCAUUUAAAUAUAGUUGCACCGUACUGUGUGCGUACGUGUAUAAAAGCAGGGAUGCGUGAACAAAUUGCGAACAAAGUAA